UUAGGUGUGCGCUAUCACUUUUCUUCCAAAAUGCCACCGUCCCUCUAUAAGGUUUUCUUAUUACUUGGGCUUCAUGUGACAAUCCAUUGUGCAUCACCUAACAGCUCUGAAGGCCAAGUAACCAUCUGCCAUUCCCCCCAACACAAUGUCACUCUCUAUAAGAUGUCAUCCACCAAUGCUGACUUUGCCUUCAACCUGUACCGGAGGUUCACUGUGGAGACCCCACAUCAAAACAUCUUCUUCUCCCCUGUGAGCAUUUCUGCUGCUUUGGCCAUGCUCUCCCAUGGGGCCAGCUCCAACACCCAAACUCAAAUCCUGGAAAGCUUGGGGUUCAACCUCACAGUCGUCUCAGUGGCAGAGCUCCAACAGGGUUUCCAGCACCUCAUCUGUUCACUGAAUUUUCCAAAGAAGGAGCUGGAAUUGCACAUGGGAAACGCCCUCUUCAUUGGGAAGCAGCUGAAACCACUGGCAGCGUUCUUGGAUGAUGUCAAGAGCCUUUAUGAGACUGAAGUCUUAUCUACCGACUUCUCCAAUGUUUCUGCAGCCAAACAGGAGAUCAAUAGUCAUGUGGACAAACAAACCAAAGGGAAAGUUGUGGGCCUCAUUCAGGACCUCAAACCAAACACCGUCAUGAUCCUGGUGAAUUAUAUUUCCUUUAAAGCCCAAUGGGCAAAUCCUUUUGAUCCAUUGAGAACAGAAACGGGGUUCAACUUCUUAGUGGACAAGAGCACCACAGUGCAAGUGCCCAUGAUGCACCAAAUGGAACAGUACUACCAUCUGGUGGACCCAGAACUCAACUGCACAGUGUUGCAAAUGGACUACACUGAGAAAGCUCUGGCCCUCUUUGUCCUGCCCAAGGAAGGUCAGAUGAAGUGGUUGGAAGAAUCCAUGUCAUCUAAAAUACUGAAGAAGUGGAACCGCUUACUGCAGAAGGGCUGGGUUGAUAUAUUUGUUCCAAAACUUUCCAUUUCUGCCACACAUGACCUUGGAGCCAUUCUUCUGAAAAUGGGCAUUCAGGAUGCCUUUGAUGACCAUGCUGAUUUUCCUGGAAUCACAGAAAGCCAUGGCCUGAAACUUUCCACUGCUGCUCACAAGGCAGUACUGGACAUUGGUGAAAAGGGAACCGAAGAUAUAACCCUCCCUGAAGACAGAUUCCUGGACCAGCCUGAGAUGACUCUCUUUCAUGCUACCAUGCAGUUUAAUAGACCUUUCUUGCUUAUGAUUUUGGAAAAAAGCACUAAGAGCAUUCUCUUUCUAGGGAAAAUUGUGGACCCAAUGGAAAUGUAAUUUGGAAAAGAGGCUGUUGACUAACUGCAUGUACAUAUUGCAAAAAAGAAAUAAAUAGUAUAGUUGAUGUGA